GAAAAGCAUCAACCACAAAGCACCUCUUUACUCAUUGUUCCUAGCUUUCCACCUACUCAUUAUCCUCACAUCUCUUUGUCUGCAUUCUGCAUCUCGUGACGCCGUUGCCGACCGUCUUUCCUGCACCAGCUCGCCAGAUGCUCAAGGCGAGAUAGAGGCACGCCUCGACCGAACCAGAGCAUACUGAGAAAACCCUUGCCGCGUAUCCCUACCACCGUAUGAAUCGAACAGACCGCUUCAACGACAUCUUUCCUCGUAUCUACACCUCUUUGCGAGACGAAUUCACCUGAGCAUACGACACGUGUGCUCCUUCCCGAGUGCACAGUUAUCCAGCCGCCAAAACGCAUUCCUCAAAGCGGCUGCUUAUCUCACUCCUCAAACCUCCCUGAACCUGCUACGACCGCCCGUACCGCUUUCUCCAUCACGCCACUCGUUUUAAGCUCGCGACUAUUCAAUGGGCCAACAACAGUCAAAGAGUAGCGAUGGAAGCAGAACACCUCUGAAAAGCGGUUCUUCCUCGAAUCUAGUCCCAGACGGAUUGCAGCAAUACCCCUCCAUAUCUAAGUCUGAUACGAAGGAAAGCACUUCGAGGUCUAUACGAUCUUCGAUCAGGAGCAAGAUCAAGAGCUCAUCGGAGGACAAGACUAAUGACAGCCCAAGAGCUUCGGGCUCUGCUUUAACCGGAAUCGAUGAAUCAAACAAUGACAGAGGAGAUGCUGCUUCGGUUGCCAGUGGCCGUUCGGGUUCAUCCAGGGUGACCAGAGAGAGGAUCACAAAUGCACCGGUGGUAGAAUCUCCGACCUCGCCGACAGACGCUGAAGAUGAGGCUCCGUCGCCAGGAACUGCGACGCCGGCACGUCCGCCAUCACCGACCUCCAAGUCUGUAGGCAAAGGCCACAAGUCAGUAGACCGUGCCCAACGGACGGGAGAAGUAGGUGCCGUCUCUGAUGAGGGACCUCACCAGGCGCACCAUCAUUCGUCUACACAAAAGGCGGGGGACUCGAUCUUGGUCAAGCGCGAAAACCAAAUAAAUCCCCGGGCUCCAGAGACAAAGGCUUCUUUGCGAGCCAAAUUAGCAGAACUGCCUGGCGCAUCACCUGGUGGAGGGAUGGGAAUUGGAGACGUCAAUGAUAUGGACCUUGACGACAUGAUCUCCCGCCUUCUGGAUGCUGGUUACACUACCAAGGUUACGAAAGCCGUCUGUCUCAAAAAUGCAGAAAUCACCGCGAUUUGUGCCGCCGUGCGGGAAGUGCUCCUGUCUCAACCAGCAUUACUGGAAUUGAAUGCUCCUGUUAAAAUCGUGGGCGACAUCCACGGCCAGUACAAUGACCUCAUCCGUCUGUUCGAGAUGUGCGGGUUCCCGCCGAAUGCAAAUUUCCUCUUUCUUGGGGACUAUGUCGAUCGUGGAAAGCAAUCUCUCGAGACGAUUCUUCUACUCUUCUGCUACAAACUGAAGUAUCCGGAAAACUUUUUCAUUCUGCGAGGUAAUCAUGAAUGCGCAAACGUCACUCGUGUAUACGGAUUUUACGACGAAUGCAAACGAAGGUGCAAUAUCAAGAUCUGGAAGACAUUUAUCGACACGUUCAACUGCUUGCCAAUUGCUGCAAUUGUGGCGGACAAGAUUUUCUGCGUCCAUGGCGGAUUAUCGCCUAGUCUGUCUCACAUGGACGAUAUUCGUCAGAUAGCCAGGCCUACCGAUGUUCCAGACUACGGCUUGCUCAAUGAUCUAUUGUGGAGUGAUCCAGCAGAUAUGGACCAAGACUGGGACUCUAAUGAACGUGGCGUGAGCUAUUGCUUUGGAAAGAAAGUGAUAGUCGAUUUUCUUGCACGACACGACUUCGACUUGGUUUGUCGAGCACAUAUGGUGGUUGAAGACGGUUACGAGUUCUUCAAUGACAGACUGCUCGUCACGGUGUUCUCUGCCCCGAAUUACUGUGGCGAGUUCGACAAUUGGGGUGCCGUGAUGUCGGUCUCCAGUAACCUCUUGUGCAGUUUUGAACUUUUGAAACCCUUGGAUUCGAGUGCUCUCAAGAGCCACAUCAAGAGAGGCAGAAAUGCUCGACAGAACAUGCUCAACAGUCCGCCCGCACAAGUAUCGGCUCAGAGUUUCUGAGCCGAUCCUUCUUCGUGAGACAGGACAAUGUGAUGGUGGUCUUCAGCGGGACAGCUUGACCUCGGUUGCUGUCCGUACGAUUGACCUCAGUGAACUCGGUUGCAGGGGCAAGCCCAUGAGCCAACCCUUUCCGGAGACGCAGCCGAGGUCGCCAUUGGGAAUGCAUCUCUGUGACACGCUACGAACUCCUCAGCCUUACGCCACAGGCGUUGCACCGGCGUUGGCCCAGGAUUAUGAUCUUACCCGGAUGAAGAGCUGCAUUGGUGCAUCUCGAAAGCGUACAUUUCUCAAAAGCUUAGAGUAAGGGGAAUCACAGCGUCCGAAAGACGAGCAGGAAUAAGGAUACGUCUUUGAAAGGCAUCGUCUUGACCCUUUGAGUGAGGAUUGAAGACCGCGAACAGGAAACGCAACGAUGGACAAGAUUGAUGACGAGGACAAGUGACGUGGCGACAAUGGGAGAGCGCGAUUCACUUCUAACUGUACCGAAUACUUUGUUUGAAUGUUUUACAGAAGAAUCCAUCCUCUUGCCAAGGCCCAGGUUCCAAGCCUGAGACAUGCUCCCACUUGGAAAAGCGAAGCAGUAAAUUGUCAGAGUAAACGCGCCAGAACGGAGGGUUGGUCAUGAAACAGCCGGUACUGGAAGCUCUGAAAAUCGAGCUGGC